AACUUGGCGGCGGCGCGGUCCGGUCUGAAGGCCGGCGAUGAUGGCUGCGGCCGUGGCUGCCGGAGGGAUCUUCGCGUUCCGCGACGCCCGCUGGGAGCCUGACCCGCAGCUCGAAGCCAGCCCGGCUGUUCGGGUGCCUCAGCCGGCUCCGCUGGUGCUGGACAACGGCUCGUUCCAGCUGCGACUGGGCUGGGCCUGCCCGGACCCCGAAGUGCCCGCCGAGCCGCUGCUCUGCUUCCGCUCCUUGGUGGCCCGGAGCCGGGGAGCCCGCGGCGGGGCCGGCGUCGAGACGCACGUGGGCAACGACUUGGGCAGCCCCGAGCCCCUCCGGUGGCUCCUCCGCUCGCCCUUCGACCGCAACGUGCCCGUCCAGAUGGAGCUCCAGGAGCUGCUCUUCGACCACGGCUUCCAGCGCCUCGGCGUCUCCUCGCAGCUCAAGGUGCUGGUAUUGACCUUGGGGCCAGCAUAUUUUAAAGACCUUAUGAAGCCACCCACAAUGUUUGCCACCAGCAACUGGCUGGAUGCGAAAAACUGCAGGCGUAUCAAUCUCGGGGGUUGCCAGGCUGCUAUGUACUUGCAGCGUCUCCUGCAGCUAAAAUACCCAGGGCAUCUGGCUGCCAUCAGUCUUGGUCGUGUGGAGGAAAUAUUGCAUGAGCACAGCUAUGUUGCGGAAGAUUACAGAGAAGAGAUGGCGAAGUGGAGGUCUCCGGAGUAUUACGAGGAGAACGUGCAUAAGAUGCAGCUGCCUUUUUCAAACAAGCUCCUGGGGAGCACCCUCACCUCCGAAGAGAAGCAGGAGAGGCGGCAGCAGCAGCUUCGGCGCCUCCAGGAGCUCAAUGCUCGCCGGAGAGAGGAAAAGCUGCAGCUGGAUCAAGAGAGGUUGGACAAGUUGCUUUACGUUCAGGAACUGCUUGAAGAUGGCCAAAUGGAGCAGUUUCACAAAGCUUUGGUGGAGCUGAAUAUGGACUCUGCGGAGGAACUUCAGUCUUAUAUCCACAAGCUGAGCAUGGCAGUCGAGCAGACCAAGCACAGAAUCCUGCAGGCUGAAGUCAGUGUUGAAGUGGAUGUUGUAGAUAGCAAGCCUGAGACUCCUGACCUGGACCCAUUGGGCAGCGAACACUCCAUGGAUGAUGUGGAAAGCAUGAAUGAAUUUGAGCCUUUAUUUGCUGAGGAGCAACCUGAAGUUGAAAAGGCAGUCACCACAGUACAGCCUGUAUUUAAUUUGGCAGAGUAUCACCAGCUGUUUAUCGGCACAGAAAGAAUCCGUGUUCCUGAAAUAAUUUUCCAGCCAUCCUUGAUAGGAGAAGAACAGGCUGGAGUAGCAGAAACCAUGCAGUUUGUCUUGGACAGGUACCCCAAAGAGCAGCAGCAAAAGCUCGUCCAGAAUGUCUUCCUUACUGGGGGAAACGUGAUGUAUCCUGGCAUGAAAGCCAGAAUCCAGAAGGAGCUGUUGGAAAUGAGGCCCUUCCAGUCAUCUUUUCAGGUGCACCUUGCCUCUAAUCCAGUGCUAGACGCAUGGUAUGGUGCUCGGGAUUGGGCCCUGGAGCACAUGAACCGGGAAGAAGGCUGGAUUACUAGGAAAGAUUAUGAAGAAAAAGGUGGAGAAUACCUGAAGGAACACAGCGCUUCCAACGUUUACGUACCUAUUCGCCUCCCGAAACAGGCUCCACGGACAGCUGAAGCUUCAGCAUCCAGCAAGGCUCUGGGGCCUGCUCCUAACAAUGUCUCUGAGCAGACAUAGGAUGGAGACUGUGAUGCUGUGUAAUGUGAAGGUUAGGAACAGCCGGUUUUUAAGGAGGCAACUUUCCAGAGCAACAAGAGAGUUGCUAACCUGUGAAAACUAAACUCACAAGUCCCAAAUUUCUUGUUGGGCUUGCAACAUUUGGCAUCUUGAGCAGUGAAUCAGCUGCUAAUUUUUUCCCCCAAUCCCUGCAGUGAGGACUCUGAAGUGCAACCCUAUGUUGCCAUGAGAUCAUUGCUGACUCUACAUCUGUCCAAGGUGUAAAAAGAGCAAAGCAGAUAUUUCAGAGAAAAUGCUUAUUGGCCUCAUUGAGGC